AUGCUCGUCCAAGUCCUAACUACCCUCUCCACUCUCCUCGCUCUCGCUCUCUGCAGCCCGUCAGCAGAGCUCUCCCCCUCCUCCGCCUUCAGCCCGUACUUCGUAGUGGCAGACUUCGAAGCCUUCCGCGCCGCUCCCGCCUACCCCGAGAUGCACUCGCGCGCCGUCUUCAACCUAACGCUGGUGCACCCAGACCCAGCGCAGCGCUGGAGCACAAUGUGCCUAGCGCACAUGGCGAGCGAUCUGUGCAACACGACCGACUACCUGCGGUGCGAACCUGUCGGGGACGCGGCCCAUGCAGACGAGCGGCUGAGGUUCAAGUUCUCGGCGAACCUGGAUAGUGUGGAGAUUAUGCGCUUGUGGACGUACCAGGGCAUGCAUAUGAAAACCACGGCGAGCGAGGGCACGUACUGGAACAAGGAUGGCAAGGACGCAAACGUGACGGAGAGCCAGUAUGGACAGCUGUACAAGAGGCCUGCGGAGUGGGUGUUUGCAUGGAGGUCGACGGUGGGCUGA